UACAGUCACUAGUCUUACAAUGAGGCUUGCCGCUAGAUGCCACCGGCGGCGCGGCGGCGGCGUGGCGUCGUAGGCGUCGUCGGCUCUCGUUGCUCUCGCUCUUGGCGCUGCCGCUCGGCCUCGCCUACAGCUACCAGCGCCGUGCCGGCGGCGAGCGCGGCGGCGACGCCGAUGUGGCGCACGGCGAGAAAAGCCCCGAUGCCGACGAGGGCCGCGCCACCGAUAGCCAGCGCUAACAUCUCGCCCGGCUCGAGUGAAGCCUCCGCGGCAGGAGGCGGGGGCGGUGGCCGCCGCGAGUCCUCGUCGAGGAGCGCGCCAUCCUCAAAGCGGGACGCACGGAGAUCAUCGACCUCUGCCCGCAGGCGCGACGCCUCCGCUCGGAGCUGGACCGCCUCGCUCUGUACAGACGGGAGGCCGACGCGGCGCCGGAUGCCGGCGUCGCGCGCGAGUUCGCGACCGAGGCUGCUCGCACCCGCUGUGACCUCGUCGACACGUCUCUGUUGCGCUGCACUAGCUGUGACCUCGUCGACGCGUCUGUGUUGCGCUGUCGGCGUGCUCGGAGCGCUCGGGCUUGGGUUCUCAGGAGCGUCCACAAGCUCCCAGGGCUGCUCGGGCGCUCCUACCUCGUCGAGGUCGAAUGAGCCGUCAGCGGCUGGCUGCAUGAUAGAGAACACGAGAGCUCCGGCACCGCUGCACCCUUUUUUGGCAAGCCGCAGCUCUUGCUAGCGUCCUG